GAAGCAGGGACGACGCGAAGGUUAGCGUGUCAAUACUAAAGCGGGUUCAACAGCAUCUCAGUGUCAACUUGUGAACUGUUAUUUUUGCGUCAUCGACUCUCAACUUUCCAGCUCCUGUUUCCAGUAGGGCUACGUAGAUCACAGUGGAAGCUCUUAACUGGAGUCAGCCAAACACAUCAUUUGAAUUUCCCACGUCAAAACAGCGCCACUUUUGAGCGGCAACAAUUGAAAACAAACAAAACAAAAUCAAAUCAGCCAGCAGUGAUUUAUUUUCAUUGAUUAGUGAUUCGCUCGGUACAACCAGUUACAACCUGUAAAAAUCCUUGAGGCCUGGAUUUGUUCCCCUGUGAGCUGUGAGGUCUGUUGUAACAAGACACGAAGAUGGCAUCAUCGUCCCCCCCUCCUCUAAUUCCAAUAAACGGAUCGAAUAACGUCUGCUACAUCAGAGAAACAAAUAAUUCUGCAGCGAGUAAACCUAUUAAUCGAGUAGAAUUGCAGUUCGGCGAAUUUUUUAAUGGUGCAAGUCACGAGUGUUUCAAGACUACAAAUGCUUCAAGCAAUGGCGAGUACCAUCAACAACAGUCCAACUACCAUUUUAAACAUCCCAAUCAGUUUACAACGCAUUCCCAAAUGGAAAUCAAUAAAUCGGAAUUUUUCCAAUCUACAAGACCAAACCCUCCAGAAAACCAACUUUUUCCUGUGGCAGACAUCCCUGCCGAUUUAUUGUUCCAGCAUGUUGAUCUGCUGAAGCAGGAGAGAACCUGGAGCCAUCAAGAAAUUAUUUCCGAUGUUGAUUGUUACUGGUACAGAAAAAAUCUUGAAAAUGUAAACACUAUCAAUUGUCUGAGGAAAGAAAUCACAGACUUGAGGACGAAAUUAAUUGCUGCCGAAAAUCAUCGAGGCAAUAUAGGAGUUAAUAAGACUUUAGACUGGAAAGAAAAAACUGACAAAAAUAAUGUAUUUACAUGCGGGACUUGCCGUAAGGAAUACAAAACAGAACGUGGUUUGGAAGUUCAUCAGAAUAGUAGGCAUGCUGAUCCUGGAUGCUGGAUAAAUUACCAGUUCGGGUACUUCAAAAGGCCCCACCCGUGGUCACAGAAAGAGGAAUUCUAAGAAAUCCCUCCAGCAACUAUAAAAAAAGGUGCCGAAUACAACGGAAAUUAUGGAUUUAUAACUUCACGUAGAGAUCCCGAUACUAUUUGUUUCCUGCUGGUGCCACUAAGCCACCUGCUGUAUAACAUGCACCGCUUCUCAUACAGAAGGAAAAUUAUCACUCAUUUUUCUUAAUCAAAUGUGUGUACGUCUUCGUCAUAUUUUAUUUUAUUUUUAAUGUUUGAAAUGAGAUCAAAUAAAAUCCAUUCCUUUGAAAGAA